CAAGUGCUUAGAUCUGAAAUAUUGAGCCUAAAAAUCACCUAGGAUACUUCUUGUUUUUAUUUUGAAAUAAGUGAACGUAUUGUUGAAUUAGCCUAUUGAACAGGCAGCUGCUCUGGUGCUGUUGACGUGGAGCUGCCUUACCUUACCUACCAGGAAGUGAUUGACACACAGCCAGGAGGAGGAAACUGAAGCGGAGUUGCACACUUUGGAGAAAGGCUCAGGUCAAAGCAGCCUGUGAUGUUGAAAUGAAGAUUGAUGAAAAAGUUGUCAGUUAUUUUGAAUCUUGCAACUCACCAGUCGACAAAGAAGGGUACCUCUCCAAGAAGGGCGAGAUAAAGACUUCCUAUCAGAAGCGCUGGUUUGUGCUGAAGGGGAACCUCCUCUUCUACAAGGACAAGCCGGCGGACCGGGACGUGACAGGCGUGAUUGUUCUGGAGGGCUGCACCGUCCAGCUGUGCGAGUCCGAGGAGCAGUUUGCCUUCUCGCUGGUGUGGAGCGAGCCGGGCCUGCGGACGUACAAGUUUGCCGCCGAGGACCAGGCGAGUCUGGAGAGCUGGAUCAAAGCCCUGCUGUCAGCCAACCACAACUACCUGGCCCUGCUGGUGAUGGACAUGGAGAAGAAGUACAGAGAUGCAUUAGGCGAGUUCCCCGAUGAACCAGGCAAUCCCUUCACCACGCCAAAUUUCAACACAGCAGAAGCCUUUCAGGUCGCACAGUCUUCAGCGAUACCUUCGUUUCCAGCUGCAGGUGUAGCAGCGGGAGCCGGUCUGAGCUCCAAUCAGAUGCUCCAACCUCCGAUCCUUUCCUCCAAAUCAGCCAAUAAAAGAUCUCCAAAACUGUGGCCUAAGAGGAGCGCGAACGUGGUGCCUGUGAACACUCCUGCUCCAGUGUUAGGGGAGUGGUUAGGCGGCUGUUUAGGCACCAAGGAGGAAUUCACCCAAUUGCAUGAGGAUUUUGGAAAAGAGGUGAAGGAACUGAUUGCUGGUUGGUCAAGAAGGGGACAAGGUGAAGAAGCUGCUGGGGUCGAAAACUUAAUUGAUUUUGGAUAACGGGGGAGGGCAUACAGGGUCUAAACCUUAGUAUGUGUUGUUAAUGUGUGUUUGCAUUCCAAAGCUUUUAUGUAAAUAGGUUUUACAGCUACAACAGUAAUUGUUAGGAUAUAAUUGUAUAUAUUUUUUGUUGUUGAAGGGUUUCUUUUUUUACUUAUUUUAUCAUAGAGUCAAUAAAUGAUUUCAUGCUA